CAACAUCACAUAAUACAACUGUUUUGCGCUACCACACACGCACACGCACAAGCACACGCAGACGCGGACGCGGACGCGGACGCGCAUACGCAGGCUGUGUACCAAACGAGCCGACGACCUUUGCUACCCAAGCGACCAAAGUCUGACACAACGCACCAAAGAGAGGGAAGCAGUUUCUGCAAGAACGCGAUCGAGAAGAAGCUUACAGAACUCAGUAGCUAUUUGCUGUUGCAAAACAUCAGCCCUUGCAGAAUCACCGAGUUGGAAAUGGCGUUUCCAACGAGCCCUGGUUCCAGUAUAAGCAGCUAUGGUUCUACUCUGACGCUGAGCAGCUGCCCCAGCUCCUACAUCUCCGUGGGCAGCAGCAACCCAAGCUCACUUACGGCCGGGACCGGGCUCGUAGCUCCAGCCGGACGAGCCGGUGAUCACAGCCCAGCACUAGCAGCCACAGCAGCUCCUGAAUUCACACAGGGAAAGAAGCUUCAGCAGCAUCAGGAUCCUCCGGAAUCAGAAGCAAGGUUCCCUAAGCAAGAAAUCAAUGGCUGGGAGCAUCCAUACCUCUGUUCGCCAUCGAAGCAACUCAAGAAUGUAAGUACUUCCAUCAAGGAGAUCAGUCGCUGGGCAAGAUCUUCAUCAGGAGUAAAGGUGAACUCGAAUAUCCGGCUCUUGGAGUCUGUGUUAUCUUUAAUACAAGUGGUAACUUCGGCAGCACCGCACCCAGAUCACAUCGUCGACAUGAUACGGGUCCAUGAUGCGCUUGCUAACCUGUUGCUUGUCCUGCCCAAGAAUAUCGUUCCUUUCCUGGUGCAAAAUUUCUCUCCGAUUGUAGAUGAAUUAGACCCGAAAAGAGGUGCACCUUUAUCAGUAAGGUUUGAGAAGACACUGCACGAUUUGCGAAGAAGCAUAAGGAGUGGUCUUCAGGUACUCAAUGUCAAGAUCUUUGAUUAUACAUCUGAAGUAGUCCCACAAGGUGGUGGUGUCCAUGAGAUCACCAAAUACUUGUUGAAAUACAUCAUGUCACUUCUGGACAAUGGCAGAUCUCUCAAAAUCAUACUUGUCAGCGAUGAACAGGAUGCCGUGGUUGCAAUGGAGACGCUGCAAGAUGUUGUUGCUACCUUGAUCUGUCACUUGGAAAUUAUGCUUGAGAAAGAAUCUCAUCGCUAUAAAGAUGCAGGGCUGAAACAAAUGUUCAUGGUGAAUAAUGUGAACUUUUUGUUACAUCAAGUAGAAUGCUCGGAGAUAAGGUAUCUUCUAGGAGAUGAUUGGGUUCUGAAGCACCGAGACCAACUGAAGGACCACAUCUCACGGUUCAUCAACAUUUCUUGGGAAUCCGUCAUGUGUUGCUUCCAUGUAAAGACCAACAAAAUCUCAAUCUUUUCUAGCCUACCAACACUGCAAAUAUUUAACCUGGAAUUUGAGAAAACUUACUCGACUCAGAAGACAUGGAAAGUUGAAAAUCCUCUGCUCCGGUCCAAUAUGCGCAAAUCAGUAUCAGAGAAGCUUGUUCAGGCUUACACUACAUACCUUGAGAAUCACAAAAACAAAGCUCCAAAGCUUAUGAAGUACACCCCUGAAGAUCUUGAAGAGCUGCUGUCAGAUCUGUUCGAAGGAUAAUACUUGUCAACAAAUCUGAAGGAUAAAUGAUCCCUUGAGCUAGGAGGAAUAUGCGAUUCAGAUGCAUGUUUCCAAAGCUUGCGCAGUGAAUAUAGAACUGUAACUAAUAUAUCCCUGAUAUGUUAAGAUUGAACUGUACCUGAGGUUCUAGAAGUUGUGUGCUCUGCAGUUGUGUGGUUGCUGCAGUGUGAACUAUGUAUAAAUUUUGCAAGUAAACAACUAAUGCAUACUACUUUUUUCCACGACAAGAAAAACAACUCUUGAACCAACCAACAGAGUGUGGCGUGCCUAUCCGCUGGUAGUUAAU